AAAAAAUCGAGGCGCGGAACGCUGUUGUAUCUCCGGUUUCUGUUAAUUUAAUAUCCCGAAAAAGAGCAAAACUCUUCCUACCUGCAGCAUCAUGUUUUAUCACAUAUCGCUGGAACACGAAAUUCUGCUCCACCCGCGGUACUUUGGUCCUCAGCUCAUCGAAACGGUAAAGCAGAAGCUGUACACCGAGGUCGAGGGCACCUGUACGGGGAAGUACGGGUUCGUGAUUGCAGUCACAACCAUUGAUGAUAUCGGCUCGGGCACGAUACAACCCGGACAGGGAUUCGUAGUGUACCCGGUAAAAUACAAGGCGAUCGUGUUUCGGCCGUUCAAGGGCGAAGUGCUGGAUGCCACGGUGAAGCAAGUGAACAAGGUGGGCAUGUUUGCCGAAAUCGGACCACUGUCCUGCUUCAUCUCGCACCAUUCUAUCCCGGCGGACAUGCAGUUUUGUCCGAAUGGGGCACCACCGUGCUACCGGGCCAUGAAUGGUGAGAGCGUGAUAGCGGCGGAAGACAAAAUCCGGCUUAAGAUCGUCGGUACUCGGGUGGACGCGACCGGUAUCUUCGCCAUCGGAACGUUGAUGGACGAUUACCUUGGGCUGGUAGGAAGCUAAUCGAUGGCUAGCGGGCGGAUGAACUGGUUAAUUAAGCAUUUUCUACUUUAUGUAUCGCAUUAAUCACAAAUAUAAACAAGCGAGGAGAACCAA